AUGGAUCUGAAGCCCAAGCACGACACCAAGGAACGGGUGGUGAAGGACGUUCCUCCGCCGGUGGGUGGGUAUCUGGAAGACUUUUGGCCCGAGGAUGGCCCGAUCGAUCUCGAGAAGCUGAAGACCCAUCUCGUGGGCGAGGGCCGAUUGUCGAAAGCUGAUGCUGCUCGCUUGGUUUCCACCGCCACGCAGGUCUUCAAGAAGGAACCCAACCUUCUUGACGUACCCCAGCCGGUUACAGUGUGUGGUGACGUUCAUGGCCAAUUCUACGAUUUGAUGAAGUUGUUCGAGGUGGGGGGCGACCCCAAGACCACGCAGUACCUCUUCCUCGGCGACUACGUCGAUCGAGGCUCCUUCUCGGUUGAGGUCCUUCUUUACAUGUUUGCUCUCAAGAUCAACUACCCUAACACCUUCUGGAUGCUUCGCGGCAACCAUGAGUGUCGCCACCUCACCGCCUACUUCACCUUUAAGGAAGAGUGCCUGCACAAGUACGACACUGCUCUAUACGACUUGUGCAUGGACUCCUUCGAUGCCCUGCCUUUGGCGGCCAUCAUGAACGGCCAGUUCUUCUGCGUGCACGGUGGUCUUUCGCCCAGCAUCACCACCCUGGAGGACGUCAAGUCUAUCGACCGCUUCAGGGAACCCCCGCAGAGUGGUCCCCUCUGGUAG